UGCAUUUAGGAAAAGCAACACGGAAAAAGAUCAAAAAAAAGUUAUCUAGUGAAGCCUAAUCGGAUCACGUCCGUUGCAUGGCUGCGUAGUUUUUUAUUUUUUUUAGUAGAAAAGCGCGGAAGUGCACCGAGCGCGUAACGGAGAACGAGAAGCAAGGCUUCAGUUUGGUAAGGAUCCGAUUACUGAUCCGACCGAGUGCCAGGUAUGUUUUCCCGUUUCCAAGGACUGCCUUUGCUGAUGUCACCGCGGGGGGGGACGGCAGAGAGGAGGACAGGUGCGCAGAGUAAAGUUGACUCCGGUAUGUUCGGAUUGAAGAGCUGUCACUGGACCGAGGGAGCAGUAUUUUUGUAAAGUAUUUUCUCCUUAAAGUAGUUUUUUGGGCACUCAGAUUGUCUGGUAUUUGCUGAAGUCUUAACGUGGAAUAUAUACUCCACGCUUUUGGAACUCACGGGCACUCCGGUGCGCACGAACGACGCGGGGCUCACCGUGUCGGUGCUGCUCCGUGAUGUCGGGGUUGUAACGGGGGUGGAGGAGGUUGCUAUUGUUUUUGUUUUUUUUUAAGUUCAUAUUGCUGUGAACCGGGCUGUGGGAUCGAGACGCUCCAAGAACCAGAAGCAACACUUUCCGCUUCAAUGCGACACUGACGCAGCUGAUCUCGCAUCCCAGUCGCAGACAGGUGAUGCUCGAUGGAAGGAUCGAUCAUCAACAGAGCGAGUUCGAUCUGAGAAAAAGAAGAGAGAGAGAUUUGAUUACCCUGGAAUGGAAUACAACACAAGAAAUCGGCCUCAACUUCUCUGAUCUGCGAUGAUUUUCCCAUGCGUCAUUGCGUCUUAGGCUCAGAAGCGGGUCUUGAGUUGAGGGACGAUCGUUCUUGGACUUCCUCCCAGGUUUACAGGAGCUACCGACAAUGUCCAAGACACUGAAGAAGAAGAAGCACUGGUCCGCCAAAGUGCAGGAGUGCACCCUGUCGUGGGGGGGUUCCGGAGAGUUGGUCGCGGUGGUUGAGGUGCGCGGAGGCGCUGAGCUGGGAGAGUUCCCCCAUCUCGGAGACGUAGUUUCGGACGCGAUGGUUUGUCACGCCGGGAGGCUUCCCUGCAGCGGGGACGUGCUGCUGGAGGUGAACGGCACUCCGGUGAGCGGACUCACCAACCGAGACACGCUGGCUGUCAUCCGCCACUUUCGGGAGCCCAUCCGCCUGAAGACUGUGAAACCAGGCAAGGUGUUGAACACUGAUUUGCGUCACUACCUCAGCCUGCAGUUUCAGAAGGGCUCCCUGGACCAUAAGCUCCAGCAGGUGAUCAGGGACAACCUGUACCUGCGCACCAUUCCCUGUACCACUCGGCAGCCCAGAGAGGGGGAGGUUCCUGGAGUGGACUAUAAUUUCAUCAGUGUGGGGGAGUUCCGGGACCUGGAAGAAAGCGGACUGCUGCUGGAGAGUGGCACCUAUGAUGGAAACUACUAUGGGACCCCUAAGCCCCCUGCAGAGCCCAGCCCCGUGCAGCCGGACUUGGUGGACCAAGUUCUGUUUGAUGAGGAAUUUGACACGGAGGUCCAGCGAAAACGCACAACCUCUGUCAGUAAGAUGGACAGAAAGGACAGCGUUGCACCAGAGGAGGAAGAGGAAGAUGAGAGGCCUCCUAUGGUCAACGGCUUGGCUGAGUACAAAGACGAGGCGGAGUGGAGGAAGACGGUGCCCAGCUACAACCAGUCAGCCGCGGCUAUGGACUUGCGCGUAUGGAACACACAGGACGAAAGUCAGGAGUCCUUGCCUAAAAAGUGGGAGAUGGCCUACACGGAGACCGGCAUGGUUUAUUUCAUAGAUCACAACAGCAAGACCACGACCUGGCUGGACCCCCGCCUUGCCAAGAAGGCAAAGCCUCCCGAGAAAUGCGAGGAAGGAGAGCUGCCCUACGGCUGGGAGAAGAUUGAGGACCCGCAGUACGGCACCUACUACGUAGACCACAUCAACCAGAAGACCCAGUUUGAGAAUCCAGUACAGGAAGCUAAGAGAAAGUUGAGCGUUGACGCGCCCACUGCAGUGCUGCUGCCAGCAGCCACACCCUCAGCAGAGGAGCCUGGCAGGGCAGCGCGGGUCUUCACACGAGAUCCAUCUCAGCUGCAGGGUUCCAUCCUGCAGGCUGCACUUAGAAAAAGCCCCCAGGGCUUUGGGUUCACCAUUAUCGGAGGAGACCGACCCGACGAAUUCCUUCAGGUCAAAAACGUCCUUGCCGAUGGGCCUGCCGCGCAUGACAACAAGAUCGCCUCAGGUGACGUGAUCGUGGACAUCAACGGGGCAUGUGUGCUGGGGAAGACUCACGCUGAUGUGGUGCAGAUGUUUCAGUCCAUCCCUAUCAACCAGUAUGUGGACAUGGUCCUUUGCCGGGGCUACCCUCUGCCUGAGGACUCCAGCAGCAGUGAGGAGGCUUCAGGAGGCCUCUCCAAGGACACUUCCCCUUCCCCCUCAACCUCCACACCACAGGACCCCCACCAUACAGUCCUAGAUGGAGGAACCCUCUCCAGGCAGACUGCUGCAGUACCACACAUGACCAAUGGUGGACGCCACCACCACCACCAUCUCCACCAACACCUUCCUCACGUCCCCAACCAAGAAGGCCCUGACCCUACUUUCUUACAGCCAGAGCUGGUGAGCGUGCCCUUGGUGAAAGGCCCGGGGGGGUUCGGCUUUGCCAUCGCAGAUUGCCCCCUGGGCCAAAAGGUGAAGAUGAUCCUGGACGCCCAGUGGUGCCGGGGCCUGCUGAAGGGCGACGUUAUCAAGGAGAUCAACAGACAGAAUGUCCAGACGAUGAGCCACUCCCAGGUGGUGGACAUCCUCAAAGACCUCCCUGUGGGCAGCGAGGUCAACGUGCUGGUGCUUAGAGGAGGGCAGACGUCUCCUGUGAAAUCACUAAAACCAUGCACAGCUCCCAUGUCCCAAGGAUUACCCCAGCCUACGCCUCAACAGGCUCCCCAUCCCGCACCCCAGCUGAUGCCUCAUCCAUGCUCCCAGCCCAUCGCACCGCCCCAGCAGCAGGAGAUAAUUAACAGCACAGAGGCCCUCGGUCCGACCGAGUUGGCCCCCAACCCGCUCCCUUUCCCUGUCAACACAGUGCGCUCGUCUUCACCCAAACCGGACGCGUCUGAGCUCUACAGCAAGUCCAGGGCCUUGGCUGACAGCAAGCCUCCUAAUACCAAGGACCUGGAUGUGUUCAUCAAAAGAAACCAGGAGUCAGGAUUUGGCUUCAGAGUCCUCGGAGGCGAGGGGCCGGAUCAGCCGGUGUACAUCGGUGCCAUCGUGCCGCUCGGUGCAGCCGAGAAGGACGGGCGCCUGCGAGCAGGGGAUGAGCUCCUCUGUAUAGAUGGCGUGGCAGUCAAGGGCAAAUCCCACAAACAGGUGCUUGAGCUGAUGACCAACGCUGCCCGUAACGGCCAAGUCAUGCUCACAGUCCGCAGGAAGCUGACAAACUUAGAUGGCAAAGAGGAGGAGAGCACUCAGCAGCCCCAGUAUGUAGCAUCCGCCCUGGUCAACAGCUCUCCCAAGAUGCCGCAUGUCGAGGUUCCGAAUGCCGUCCAGCCUGUUCAGUCCUCUCGGCCAGAGUGCUUUGACGUCACUCUGCAACGCAGAGACAACGAGGGCUUUGGCUUUGUUAUCCUGACGUCAAAGAACAAGCCCCCACCUGGAGUUAUCCCUCACAAGAUUGGCCGCAUUAUUGAGGGCAGCCCUACAGACCGCAUAGGUCAGAUGAAGGUGGGAGACCGUAUCUCCGCUGUCAACGGCCUGUCCAUCAUGGAGCUGUCGCACAACGACAUUGUCCAGCUCAUCAAAGACGCCGGCAACUGUGUCACCCUCACUGUUGUGCCUGAAGAUGACAGUGCUCCUCCAUCUGGAACAAACUCAGCCAAACAAAGCCCUUCGGCACAACACAGAGCUAUGGGCCAACAGCCUCCCAGCUAUCCAGACAGAAAUGGUGAUACUGAGGUGAGGAACUCUUUCCCGCCAAGCGAGAUGGGAACACUCAUCAUGUCAGGCUCUAAGCAGGGCUGCUUUGUAGUGGAGCUGGACCGCAGCCAGCGGGGCUUCGGCUUCAGUCUGAGAGGAGGGAAAGAGUAUAACAUGGGCCUGUUUAUCCUGCGACUGGCUGAGGACGGACCUGCUCUUAACGAUGGCAGGAUACAUGUUGGAGAUCAGAUCGUGGAGAUCAACGGCGAGGCCACCCAGGGCAUCACGCACACUCGGGCAAUAGAGCUGAUCCAAGCAGGCGGCAGUAAAGUGCAUCUGCUGCUUCGACCUGGCCAGGGCUUGGUCCCGGAUCACAGUUCAAAGGACAAAGUAACUAUUCCAACCUCAAGCUUUCCCAGACUUUCUGAAUCUGACGGGCACUCAGCUCCAGUCUCUCCGGCCUCUGUCUCCCUCUCUACCUCUGAACCGUCCCCGUCUUCACCCAAAACAACCGCCCCUGAUGAGUUCUCCGCGGGAGAUCCCAGGGUAUCUGGGUCCCCUGGCGCUGGGCAGGAGCACGGUAGGCAUGCGAACAGAUCAAGAGGACAACAGCUCUCUCAACACAACCAUAAGCGUACCACCAGCCCCAGCACCCAGACCAGAAAAACAAGCAGGAGUGACUCCAAGAUGGCUAGUCCCAAAAGAGCCACUGAUGGCCGGGGAGAUCAUGAAGAGCGCUCCGAGAGCCCCCGAAAAACCGAGCGAGCCCACAGCGGAUCCCUGGAGGAUGUGAGGAAGGAGAGAAAAGCCCAAGGGCAGAGAGACCACCACUCCUCUAGCCCCAGGAAGAGCUCGAAAAGGGAACAUGACCCUGCUGUGCCUAUGAAGAACCUGGAAGAGCCCCAGAGCCCUCGGCGUCCAGCGGGCCAACAACCCAGCAUUGCCUCUGGAGAAGGGAAGGACCGGAGGUACAAGGAGGAGGAUGCGGCCCACUGGCAGGAGAAGGUGGCUACAGAGAGUGGAGACAAAAGCUACGGGACCAGUGAGCGCCACAAGAAGAGCAAAAGGCCUGAGCAAGAGGCAGCGGCACAAAAAUCCCAUUCCCAAAUGCAUAGGGAGAGGGUCGGGUCGGAUGCCGAUGGUGGCACCCUGAACCGGAAGAGUAGAAGAGAGAAGGGGGAUAAGGAAUCUCGGGAAAGCAAGCACCAUGGGCCAACUGAAGAAGUGAAUAGAAAGGAUCCCAGAGGUUCAAACAGUAGCAUCCAGGACCCCAGCUGCAACGGGACCACUACCAGCAAGAAGGCUCCCAUCACCCCUGGUCCAUGGAAAGUUCCCAGUUCUGCCAAGAUCCAGUCCCAGGUGGACACAACCUACGCAGAUGUCUGAUAUCUGACAACGACGACUCUGCGAAUAUAUGAAGAAAAGAGCUGAGCCCCUGAACGAUGGACAUUAAGAAUGGAAGGAUUUUUUUUUGGUUUUAGCAAUCUCGGACAAAGCAGAUCACUGUGUAACCAGCAACAUAGCUUUCUCAUUGCUUAUAUACAUAUAUAUAUAUAUAUUUUUUUUUUCACCCAGUUUGCCUCGGUCGGUCAGUUCGCAUCAAGCUGCUGAUGUCUGAUCUGACGUGCAUGCUUGCACCUUCCUGAGUAUUUGUACCGCACGAUGAUGUGCGGACAUGCGUGAAACAGGUUGGUUCUGAGUGAGAUUUUUGAAUGCGACACUGAAGUCUAUUUUGUGCCAAUCAGAGACUCCGGUUCGAAAGAAGCUGCUCUGUAUUGCACUCACUGUGAGACUGUUUGGUGGGUUAUGAGAGAGAGACUGCUCUCCCUGGCUACCCGCCUCGAUGAAGGAUCCUGCUCUUCUCUUUUUUUUUUUUUGUCUUUAAAGGUUUAAGACUUAUUCAUGCAGUGACUUAGCUUUUCUCCCUGGCAAGAUUGAUUCACUGUUCGCUGUCACUAUUGGAUGUAGUAGAAAGUGAGACGGUUGAGCUUCUCUUAAAAUCGGCUGCAAAGGGUGACAGAGUGUCUCCUGCUGUGUCUGAGAGCCUGACUAGAGUUGUGGACUGUUUGGGUGACUAUUCCUGCACACGACAAGACUCUCUGAUCCCGUUAGCUUAUCGGAGGGUGGACAGACUACCCCGGAGCUUUUUAUGCAUCAAUCAGCAGACCAGAUACUUGUGGUUAUAGUUCUAAUGUUUGUUACAUGUGUGUUAAUAAUGCAGCGUAAUGUAAUUUAUUCAAAUUAUAUGUACACAAAAACAAUUAGUACACGCAUCCAUGCUGAGUCAUUUCACCUUUGAUGUGGACUUAAUGGUAGAAAUAGAAUGUGCAGAUAGGUAUCACCGUCUGAAAUAACAACACUAUGAGAUCUAUACAUUCUACUUCUGAGACUGUCUGUAAGCGGUCACACGAGCCGGAUUCAUAAUGUCGUCUACUGUUAGCAGCUCUGUAUUUUCGGUCCUCCGGCUCUGUGCGUAGGUAUACAAGCUGACUGGUAGACCUGUGUGUUUUAGAUAUCGCUGUAGCGUUGACAAUACUUAAUCUGAAACAAAUAUUAUUUAACAAAGUGAUUUCACAUAUUGACCCAUAAUUUAGAUGAGUUGAGUUACCAGAGCUUGAUUGUAAGAAGUGGCAAGUCUGCCUUCAACUUAUAAGAGAUAUCGUAUUUUUAUCACAAAUAUAGGCACAAAAACAUAUUGUUUCUCUUAACCUCCAAAUAUAUCUUUGCUUAUUUUAAUUUAAGACUUGACCCAUAAUGUGAGGGGGGGGGGGGGAUGUGUAAAUGUUUGCUUAAUUGUUCAUUAACAACAUCGUGGCUGUCACGUCUGUGUUAUAAUUUAGGCCAGACUCCCUCAGAAUGAGGGGAAGUCUUCCCAAUGUGCUUCCCUGUGGUGGUUGCAAACAGUGCACAAUGUGAAAAUGGCUUGACUGCUUCUUUUGGGGGUGCUGUUUGAAUUUACUCUGAAGUUUAUCAAAUUUAAUCAAACCGGGAAUAAAGGCCCGGAUUAAAAAAA